AUGCGACGAGUACGCCGAUCUUUUCUACACGAACAUCAAGUGCGUGCGGUUCACACAGCGCGAAAUUAUAUGCGGCAUGGUCGAGGAUUGAUCAAUUCCAAUCAAAACGCUAAUGACUCUCUUGGGGAUAGCACAUCACGUCCCAUAGACAUGGCAUGCGCAACCACAAUCACUGAAACCAGCAAUUAUUCAUGUCCACUGAUUGAAAAUCCCAUAGUGAAUGCCACAUCCCAAAUGGGAUCCCUCGCUAAUAGUAAUCCUCAACCAGAAAGUGAUGUUGCCAAUGUGCUGGAUCGAAUUGAUCAGUGGAAUGCAGAUAGUCUAAAUGAUAACAGUAAAUAUGGUCGAAUUUUACGCUCGAUUCGUGAAGUGAUUUCCUGUUGUGCCUGUUUCACCAGUGAUACACUGAUGAAAGAAUGCACAAACGGACAUUUGAUUUGUCAAAAUUGUUUCCUCACUCUGAGACAAGAUGAACGACCACAGUGUCCCACCUGUCGUGCCAGUCUAUACUCGGACAGUCGUAAAGCUCUUAUUGCGCAAAAGGUGUUAUCUGAACUGCCAGACUUUUGUACGGAUUGUGGAAUAUCAAUGCUUCAUAAAUCUCUGGCUAGUCAUCGACUCAAUGCUUGUGCGAAACGUCGUGUCGCAUGCGGACUGUCAGCCCUCGGUUGCGAAUGGGUGGGAACGGCAGAUCAAUAUGAUAUGCAUUAUACGGAAUGUUCUUUAAAGAAACAAUUAGAAGAACGACCACUAACAGAAAACUUAGAUAUGUUAUUGACUCGGUUUAAGAAACGCGAGCAGUCGAUGCGUGAAACAUUUCACUGUUUCUCAAACAUGCUACGGCAUUUGGAAUCACACGAGUUGCAAACAAUCACAGUGACAUUGGCCGCUGUCACGACCACAGACAAUAGCAUCCAUUAUCGUAGUGAUCAUUUCCACGUGAAUCAAUCCCGAUGGACCGCAGAAAUUAUGAUGAAUUUUCCACCGGAACCUCAAGACGCCUUGAAUGUCGAGAGGGAAAGAAACGAUACCCAAGAACCGGAAGAACUUACUAUUACGACUACUACAACCACGACCCCAGAAGAGAGUGAUUCCGCUGUCACAGAGCAAGCUCCGGUGACGACAAGUACCAACGAUUUUGUCACCACAGAUUCAGUACCCCAACCGCAGGCUGUUCGUCGACGAAGAUGGUUUCAUGGAUCCAACAUACGUCAUCAUCCAUAUGGACCACCAUAUUAUAUGCCAAAUCUGUUGUCCAGUGGUAAUUCUACUAGCACGGUGGAUGUUAUACGGGAGACCGAACAUCAUCAACCCAGUACACCAGGACAAUCUGAAACGCCUAGGGGAAAUGGAAAUCGAUGGCUCGGUGAUAUACAUUAUUGUAUGCUGAAAGAGAACAGUCCUGGAAUCGGUCGUCGAGCGUAUGCGUUUGCCCUUUUGCAAAUCAAAGUUCCGGACACGGGAAUACAAAUCUACGCUCGACCGCAAUUGCAACCGUAUCGAUUUUCCACACGUGGUGAUCAUACGACAGCUUUCCCGAUUUACACAAUCCGUUGGCGCUACAUUCGCACACUACGAGAAAUGAUGAAAUAUCGUCUAAUUCAAGCGGAAUUUGUAGUGGCCAGACGUAUUGUGGAAGAGCAUGUGGAGAGUUAG